UGAUUCUACUUUUUCAUACAGUUGUAAACAUAAAAAAAAAAGAGCAAAACCGAUGGGAACUCCGGAUACUACAAGAGAACCAUGUCCCGACCGUAUCUUAGAUGAUAUUGUCGGUGCGUUCGGCAUGGGUAUAACCGGAGGAUCCGUCUAUCACUUCAUCAGAGGAAUCUACAACUCUCCCGCCGGCGCUCGUCUCUCCGGCGGCGCACAGUAUGUACGUAUGAACGCUCCUAAAGUCGGAGGAAGCUUCGCCGUAUGGGGUGGUCUGUUCUCGACCAUGGACUGUGCCAUGGUGUACGCUAGACAGAAGGAAGAUCCAUGGAACUCUAUCAUUGCCGGCGCCGCCACUGGAGGUCUUUUAUCGCUGCGCCAAGGCUUCCGCGCGUCUGGUAGGGCGGCUUUGUUCGGAGGUGCGAUUUUAGCUCUCAUACAAGGAGUCCAGCUGAUCGCUGCAGACAAAGUCGCGAGUGCUGCGCAGCAACAGCAGGUUUUCAUGGGUGAAGCGGCCUCGUUACCACCUGCUCAGGUUUAUGGACGGUCCGUGCCUGUGCCGGAGACUUCAUCUGCUUCGGAGGCAGGGUCGGGAUCUUGGUUUGGAGGUUUGUUUGGGAAAGGGAAGCAGAAGGGGUCUGAGGAUAAGAGUGGGAGCAAAACUCAGGUUCUUGAGAGCUUUGAUGCGCCUCCUGUACCAACUUACGAGUUUACCUAAUCUGUCUUGGACUUUUUUUUUUUUACUAAUAUAUAAGUUUUAGAGCUUAAUAAUUAGUUUCUAUGAUUAUUAUUCUGCAAAAAAGGCUCGGUAAGGUUUUAUAAUCUUUUUAGUUGUUGACUUGGAUUAUUAUAAUGUAUGGUUGUAUGUAAAACUAGAAGUUAUUAUUACAUAUUGUCUGCACUCGUUCUGAAAAAAUGGCUCAGUGUUUUUACUGAAAUUAAGAAAGUAAGGUGAAAGAAAAGUGAGAAGUGAAGAAAUUAUGAAAAAGUAAACAUAUGUCUUAGACGACCGGAUAGAGCUAGUGUGAUCAAAGUAAAUCGACAAUAAUGUUAGUAAGUUAAGAUAGAUAUACUACGACAUCACCGAGAGAUAUAUAAUAGUAUUGGACAAUGUUGAUUUGUAACUAGUUGAGCUUUAAAGGAAGUCAUGGUCUUUGUUGAAAACUGCAGAAAAUUGCAGAUUUUUCUUCAUAUUUCUUUUGUUCUGUUCUUGUUCAAAAAGAAAAGAGAGGAAAGUUUAGUGUAUAUAUCAGUAAGAGUGAGUAACAGAAGUAGAUAGAGA